UCUUUUGUGGGAAAUUAAAAAAUAAAUAAAAAUCUUACGCGCCCAUUCGCGCCUUCUUGCGCGCACUUGUCAGUGUCAAAAUGUGGACUGACCUGACAGUUUACUAUCGUAAACAUUGUGUGGAAAAAUCUAGUGAAUUCGAUGUUCUUAUUAAUUUUGGGUGUGAAAUGUUUGUAUUUCAACUAUGAACGACAUUCAGUGUCUCAUUGAUCGCCAGCUAGGCAUUUACUGCCGGCUGAAUUACGACAACGUACUGAAACGGCUCGUAGUAAACAGCGAGGAGUCGUUCUACGGGCUGCAGAGCUCGGCGCUCGCCGCUUUCGACCAGGACCCGCCGAUAUUCGCGUGCCGAUUCUCGGAGGCUCCCGGCUACGAGCACAUCCUCGCCCUCGCCAACGAAGACGGCAGAGUUGCCAUUCAGGAUACAUCUACCGUAACUUCAGCACGCAACCUAGAAGGCUUUCAAUGUCACAACAAUGCUGUCUUUGACCUGGCUUGGAGGCCGGGUUACAUGAAUUUUGUAACUGUCUCAGGCGAUCACACCGCUUGCCUCUGGGACGUCGCCGAAGGUUCUCCCAAGAGGAUCCAAGUGUUCUCCAACCACACCAGGUCAGUAAAAACUGCAGUAUUUCGACCGAACGAGCCCACCGUAUUCGCAACGGGGGCUAGGGACGGCCACAUUCUCAUUUGGGACAUACGCGCCAACAGCCAACCUUCCGUGAUUUUAAAACCGGACAACUGUUUAUUAAACUGCCACUCGAGUUUCACGCCCAAAACGCCGGGAUCUCACUCGAAACGGCCUCGCAUCGACAACCACAGAGCGAUCAGCAUAACCGGCCUGGUGUUCCAAGACGACUCGACUCUCAUAUCCUGCGGCGAAUGCGACGGCAACAUCAAAGUGUGGGACUUGAGGAAGAACUACUCGAUCUACAAGAAGGAACCUCUGCCGAAAAGGUCGAUCCCGUACUGCGGCAGCUCCACAAAGAACGGCCACACCAACUUGAUAGUCGACGACGCUAGAAUGCGGCUCUACGCCAGCUGCAUGGACAACGUCAUAUACUGCUUCAACAUAUCCACAUACGGCGCUCUUCCCGAACAGCGAUACAUCGGCCACGAGAACAGCACCUUCUACAUCAAGACAUGUCUCAGCCCCGACGGGAAUUACCUAGUCAGCGGGAGCAGCGACAAGAACGCUUACAUCUGGAACGUGAAAUACUCCGAGCCCGUGGUGAAGCUGACAGGCCAUUGGGCGGAAGUGACGUGUGCCGCGUGGGGCCGCGCUUCCGGUAUUAAACUGGUCACUUGCAGCGACGACGCGCGACACAAGAUAUGGCGCGUGGGCCGCGAGGUCAACGACCCCGAGCUCGAGAUCAAAGGCCGCGCCGAACCCGUCCCGAGGACAGACCUCGCCAGCCUCCCCAAAUGGGGCGCCGUCGAUAAAACCCCCAGUUCUCUCAAACGCAAAGUCUCGACCCCCGGCUCUUUAGCCGGCAAACGUUUGAAGACGCCCUCUUCGUCUGUCAGGAAAACGAAGCGAUGUCUCGCGGAUCUGAUGAGCGCGUCGAAAGAGGAGGAAUCGGACGUUCUAGCGAAGAGGUUGAAGCUAGACAUCCCAAAUGCGAUUGAGGAGGAGCCGAAGUUGUUGCCGGCAGGUAUUAAGCGUCAUGCUGAAGGAAGCACUGAAGCCAGCCCCGUCAAAAAGUGCAUGUUCGACGCCCCGACUUGUUCCAACGAGUGGAGUUACGUCCCACCGAAAGCGGGCACUUCCUUCAUGACGCCCACGAAGAAUUACGAGAGGAAAUCUUGCAAAAAGCUCUCCCCGAAAAGCCCGAAGCCGAUCUCGCCGAACUCUGCGCCGAAUCGGUCGCCUGUGAAAGUGUCGCCCGCUAAAGUUAGAGUAAUCAGCUUCAACACGCCGACGAAAAACUUGCCCAACUUCGUUUUGGACGGCGAAGCUCCUCACCUGAGGCUCAUGUCGCCGGUUAAGAAGAAACAGGAUACUACAGACUGGUUGACGCGGAUCGUACGCGAAAAGAAGGCGAAAAUAUCUGAUAGCGGAGCUGUAGCUGCAAAUAUUACGCCUCUCAGCCCGAAGGAAUCUUUACCUCAGCGAAGGAACUCUGUAACGGACAGAAUACCUAAAUCGGGCACCAAGAAUUGUAGUACCUUAUUAAAAUACUUUAGCGUCUCUAAUAAGUGACUAGCGUAGAUAAGAAGAAUAGUUUGUAAGAAUCACAAUAAUGGACUGAUAUAUGUUUCCAAAUUUGGCCUUGACUGGUCGAUUAUGUUUAAUGUUAUUUAUGUGAGUAUGAAAUAGAAGAAGGUUCUGCAAGCAAUCUCAUUUCUCUGCUUCCCGAUCUCUUGCUGAAAUCUCUCACUUUAGAUAAUCUCGAACAAGUUAAAUUGUAAAGGACAUGGUAAAGUUUUGUAUGAACGACUGCCCUGGCAAUAUAUAAAUACUAUACUUAGUAAUAUUUAAUGGUAAAUGGCUGAAUAUUUAUAAUUUCUAUGAAAAAAGGCUUAAAUAAAGUCACAAUCUUGAAAAUUAUGACAACUCCUACUAUGUUAUUACCUUACUACAGUUGAUAAAAGAUGUUGCCAAUUACUUACAGAGUUAUCAAUUUCGCAUUUUCUUAGAAUCUUUCUUCCCAUUUCUCUGAUUAGCUCUUCACAAAAAGUUUUUUCUGAAGCAAAAACAAAUACAAAUAAUUGUUUAUCAUCGAUCUGACAGGAAAUCUGUGAAGUUUUUUGUUUAUCCAUUUGCAAAAAUUAAAGGAUAAUUAUCAUACAGCCUUGUCUCAAGCCUGAUCAGAAUAAUAAAAUCUAUUAUUUUAGGCCUUCAGUGCUUUGUUAUAAUAAAAAUUAGGGCCAAAUAUGUCAUAGUUUGAAGGAGUUUAAAAAUAAUAUUGUUUAUUUCGAUAUAUGUACUUACACAAAUAUUGUUUGUGUACAUUUAUUGUGCAUUUAUUUUGUAAAACGAACAUUUUGCUUUUGAAACGGACAUGAAGUCAAUUUUAAUACUUUUAAAUAUUUGAUUAUUUCACGAAAGUUGUACGAGAAUAAAUAAUAUGUAAUAAUUAAUAAAAAAGUAUUGUGAAGUUACGGGCUAGUGCGAAAUAUUUAUACACGUUAAAGGCAGUUUCUUAGCCAUGUCCUUUUCAGAUGUUAAAGAAUAGAGAAAGGGUAAAAGAGAGCUGACGAGAGUCAGUUAGUCAUAAAGUUACUUGGGACUUAUUUUAUUUAAAAAUUUUAAACUUCGGACGGACAGAGCCAUUAAUUUGUGUGACUAACAAAUGCACCAAACGUUUCCUCCGUGUGUAUAAAUUUUAAUACACAAAAUAUUUAAAUUGCUGACCGAACGUAAUAGAAUUUGUUUGAUGAACAUAUAAUUCGUAUGACGUAUUUUGCUUAGUAGCAAAGAUAUUAUUUAUAUUUUACUAUAUUUGACUUGAUGAAAUGUAGCACGGAUCAAAUGAGCGGCGAAAUUGUUGUUCUAAUGUAGUUUUUUAUCAUUAUAUGGUGGAAAACCUACCAUUUUUAUUCAUAAUUAAUAAUUGUUUAAUAAUCUUAUGCCAUCAAAAUUAGAGUAAAUAAAACUUAUUACUGUAGACCAGGGCUUGUUUACCGGUUAAUUUUCCAACCUAAAUCAGUGUCAAGUACAUUAGGAGCGUUUUAUUUAGGUUUGACUCUACCUUAACCUUAAAAAACCGGUUUUCCUAAAGAGCGAAAUCAAAUAGGUUUUGAAUCAAUUUAGCGGUUUUUAAAUGGUUUCUUUUCGCUCUUUCUGGCGGCAUCGAUAAUAAAUGAAUAACUUGACUCACUAGACGCUAGCAAACGUGUCAACAAAUGCACCAAUCUCUCUGCAUUAUCAAGUUGUGACUUGAUAAGUUCAAACAAAACAAACUUCAAGCGAUGCCGACGCGUGCACGUGUCGCUCUGAAUUAAACCGGUUUAUUCAGGUUUUAGGUACCGCUUUCAUUUCGGACGCGCUCCGAACGAAACCUUUACUAAAAACCGGUAUUAACCUUUAUUUACCGGUAUUUUCGAAACCCGUUUCAAGCCCUGCUGUAGACCCUCGAUGGUUACUUAUUCACCAGCAGAACCCUACUGUCAAUGUUAUCUAAGUUCCACAAGCUUUUGGUCGCACAAACUUCGGCUACCACAGACAAAUAAACUUGCUCAGUGCACGUUUUCAUAUGCUCCUGCGCAGGUUCCAUUGUCCAUGGUUUAGUUUAAAAAGUUUGCCGAGGAGUGUGCUUGAUCCAUCGUUGCCGAACAGUUAGUCGCAUGCUUAGAUUAAAUAAAAAAGUUGAAGAUACAGUACGCUCAUACUAGCAUUAAAUAAAAUACUAGUAAACCAGUGAACCAAAUGUUCACCAAAACCUGAUUUCUCGAAAACCGAAAGUGCUACGUUACUCAAAUCCGGUUUGUAGUCUUAUCAGACUAUUCCCUAUAACUUAAAUAUUCUCUAUAUCUAUCUCUUACGCUUUGGCCGCUGAAACAGCACCACAGACAGACGGACGGACUUGUCUAAUAGAUAAGAGAAGAUGCGACUCAACUACAUAAGCAACUGUCACACACGCACACGUCUGUGUAUAAACAUUCAAUCGAGCGAGCGAGAUAGAACUGUGCCCUUAGCACGAAGCAUUAUCGAAUUCGAAUAGUUUGCGUACCGAAAUGUCAAUGUCAAAUUUUGUAUGGAAACUUGAACAGCAGCGGCACAAAGUACGUAACGAGAACUAAUAAUCAGUACACAUUUCUCAAUGACAUUUCGGACUCGCAAACGAUACGAAUUCGAUUUUAGUUCGUGCUAGGGGUACUGUACGCUUCAACGCAGCGCGAGCGAAACGGCGAGUCCGCUUCCGAGUGCGAACGGCUGAGCUGUAUUGUUGUCCUUUUCUUGAUAACAAAUUAGCGAUUACGUAAAUAAUAUUCAAGACAAACGGUGAUUUUUGAGAGAAAAAUAUGUUUUUACAGUUUUACGAAUGAAAAGUGUAGCUGAGGCAUCUCUUAUCUAUUAGACAAGUCCGUCCGUCCGUGGUGCUGUUUCAGCGGCCAAACCGUAAGAGAUAGAUAAAGAGAAUGUUUAAGUUAUAAGUUAAGAAUAGUCUGAUAAGACUACAAACCGGAUUUGAGUAACGUAGCACUUCCGGUUUUCGAGAAAUCACGAAUUUCAAACGAAACCACACAAAAUCUCCGAAGUUCUCAAUUAAUUAAAUACAUUUUUUUUUUAAUCAGGUUUUGGUGAACAUUUGUUUCACUGGUUUGCUAGUUUGUUAUAUUUUGAUGUUGAACUAUGUUUGUUCUUCAUAAAAGCAUCGAAGACUUGUUGUUUUAUCUUUAUAACGCAGAAUAUACGCAAUAUUGUUAUAUUGAGUGCACGUGCAGCGUGUUUGAAUGUCCGAUUGUGACUAAAGCGAAUUGUGGUCAUGCACCACAAUUUAGGCGGAUCUCUUUUGAGCCGCGAGUGCCGCAUCUUCCCUUUUUGUUUUAAUCUAAGGUCACAUGUGGAUUUUAUAAGAAGGUAGAGUCUGUGCGGAAAGAGAAUGGGCGUGGCGAAAAACGGAACUAACAUUAAGAUUUUUAUUUGGCAAUCAAACCCAGCAAUCUGUAAAACGUCAAAGUUUUGUAUUGAUACGGAUUUGUUUGUUGUUGUGAUUUCUUGCGGUUUUUUGUAUUUAAUCAUGACUAAAAGGGAUAAAACCUUAUAAAUACGGUAGAAAAGCACUACAGCGCGCUCCAAUCUAAAUCCCAUUCUCUUUCCGCACAGACUCUAUAUCGCCGUAGUAAUGUUAGAUACAUUUGUUCUUUCCAUGCGAAACGAGCCUGUUAGUACUUAUAAGAACUGUAGUGAUGGCUUUCAUUCUGUUUAUUAAUUUCAUAGCAACUUGUCAUUAGAUCACCCUCAAAAGCCACACUAAGGGACGUCAGUUAACUUUUAAGUUUCGUUAAGGUUCUUUGCUAUAAACUAUAGAGUAAGACAACGUGUGAUUUUAAUUUUAAUGACACUCAAUUUAUUUAAUUUCUCUGAGUGUGGCCUUGAUGUAGUCACAUUAAUUUAGAAUAAUUCUCGUAGAGUUCUGAAUAGUAGAAGUAGAGGCCCUUGUCUGAUGUGGAAUGUGAUAAUAUAUAUAAUUAAGGAAGUUAUAUGGCCUUUUUAUUACAUACAACACCCGUAUGCAUUAAGUAUUAAGUUACACUUGAGAU